AUGUCAGCCUCCAUGUUCUCAAAGAGCGAUUCGGCCAUGGUCGCCCUCUCCCCCUUGAACGUCUCCGAAUUGCAGAAGGCAACGACGGCAAUCCAUGCAAGCCCUCCAAAUUCCCCGCCUCCAGCAAUAUCGUUCGAUAAUUACAAGGCGAAGAGUGAGCUCAAAGAUGGCGGCGCAUCUAGAACUGAGCCGUCUAUACUUCUCACUCCUCCCACAAGUCCACCCCGCAGCAUUCCCGAGUUGACGAACGACGGCCAGCCAGCAGGAAACACGGCCAAACUUGACCCUGCUGCGUUAAAAUCUCUGCUUAGUCUCGAUAAUGGACGAUGUGGAUGUCCCACAAAACAGAAGAAGCCUUGUAAGAUGAAAAUUGCGGAGGAGAAGAAGGCAAAGAUCGACCACAUGAUCAAAUCAAUGGUCGCUCUCAUUCCGCCAUCUCCGGAGCUCGAAGGAGAGCUAGAAAAUCUGGCUAAGCUCGUGCACUGUCGGUACCAUGACCAUGAAGAGUGCAUAAAAUGUCGUGCCGAGGAAUGGAUAGCCACCUUUCCUAACGGAGAUCCCGACAGCAAGCCUUUUCUGUCUCUAGAGAGGCAAAUUAGAAAAGCUCUAGACGGAUUGUCUACCCAGUGCAUAGGGAAAAUAGAAGCGCAGGAGAAUUGUUCCCGUGAAAUCGGGGGACAGAAGGCGCAGAACUGUACUAGGACCAUUAACGAGAUUGUCUAUUCAGUGACUUAUCUAGGUGACGUCGAUGAUAUUGAGUACCUCCUCAAAGUUUUCGAACAUAAUAGGCUUUGCGAUCGCCAUGAUAGACAACCCCUCAAACAUGUCGAAUUGUGGAAAUCGAGGGUCAUGGAGAUUCGCAGCAUAUAUCAGGCCGAGUGUGCGAAGUUGGCUGAAGACACUACACCGUCAGCUUCUCAAAACCAGGUGGUCUUAACGGCGAUGACUUCUCGUCUAUCGCCUCUGAGACUGAAUAUAAGUCCGGCUGAAUAUUGGCCUGCGGCAUAUGAUGUGAGUCCUUUCAGCAUCAUACAGAGGAGUGAUAGACUCAAGGACUGCGAAUCGUCAUAUGACAAGAUUCAACGGCAAGCGAGGAGUCCCUUGGAUGCGAAGUUAGGUGACUUGAAGGAUGGAUUUGUAUACCUGUAUGAGGUCGAAGGAAACAAUGGAUUCGUCAAAAUCGGAUAUACCAGCCGUAGCACAGAGGUGCGUCAUGAGGAGUGGGCAUUUGCCUGCAAUCGAGCUCCCAAAUUACUCUAUCCGGAUUCGUCAAAUCCCCGAAAAGUUCCCAAUGCCCGCCGCGUCGAGGCUUUGUGUCACGCGGAGCUACAUCAUCGACGGCUCAGAAUCUAUUGCACCGGUUGCUUGAAGCAGCACAUUGAAUGGUUUGAAAUUGCCCCUGUUGACGCCAUCGCCGUUAUCCAGAAAUGGUCAAACUGGAUGGCAUCCAAUCCAUAUCAAGAGAGAAACCUGAGAGGCGGGUCAAGAUGGGCCCUGAAAGCUGAGGAGGUGAAAAGAUUUGAUGAUAUCAAAACAUUUCUGAAAGAUAUAUCGCCUCCAGUGCCGAUACCUUAA